CAGUCUGAGAAGGAGGACUGUUGUUUCUAAUGAAGAAGGAGCUCCACCCUCGGCCACUGCCGCAGCUGCUCUGCCAAUAAAUAAGGGCAAAGCAUUUUCCCUUUGUGUAUUUUCAACAUGGAUGCUUUUCAGGGGAUUUUAAAAUUCUUCCUCAACCAGAAAACUGUUAUUGGCUACAGCUUCAUGGCUCUGCUGACCGUGGGGAGCGAGCGUCUCUUUUCACUGGUGGCUUUUAAGUGUCCCUGCAGCACUGAGAAUGUGGUCUAUGGGCUGGUUUUCCUGUUUGCUCCUGCUUGGGUGUUACUGAUCCUGGGAUUCUUUCUGAACAGCAAGGCGAUGAGGCUCUUCACCGGCUGCUGUGUGAAUCCCAGGAAAAUCUUCCCCAAAGGUCACAGCUGCCACUUUUUCUAUGUCCUCGGCCAGAUCACUCUGAGUUCAUUGGUGGCUCCAAUGAUGUGGCUUUCUGUGGCUCUGCUCAAUGGGACUUUUUAUGAAUGUGCCAUGAGCGGGACCAAAAGUUCAAGACUCCUGGGACUGAUUUGCAAGGGCAAGCCCCAGGAAUGCUGGGAUGAACUUUACAAAGUGUCUUGUGGCAAAACCAGCAUGGCCCCCACGGACAACGAAGAACUGAAACUGUCCCUGCAAGCCCAGUCUCAGAUUCUAGGAUGGUGCCUGAUUUGUUCAGCGUCUUUCUUCUCUCUGCUCACCACUUGCUAUGCUCGCUGCCGAUCUAAAGUCAGCCACCUGCAGCUGAGUUUUUGGAAGAUGUAUGCACAAAAGGAGAAGGAGCAGUUGGAGAAUACAUUCCUGGAGUAUGCCAACAAGCUGAGUGAGCGAAACCUGAAGUGCUUUUUUGAAAACAAGAGGCCGGAUGCUUUCCCCAUGCCCACCUUUGCAGCCUGGGAGGCUGCCUCAGAGCUGCAUUCUUUCCACCAAAGUCGGCAACACUACAGCACUCUGCAUAAGGUGGUGGAGGAUGGUCUGGAACAUAGCCCUGAGGACGAUGAGACCACACUGGUACUUGUGGGUACUGCGCACAGCGUGUAGUUCAUCUACCACACGGACUCAUGGUGUUCAGGGCUCAUUCUGACAUCUUCGGCUGCAUCGACAGCAACCUGUGUAUCUCUGUGUUUUCUCGCCAUUAGUGUUUCCUUGAAGACAACAACCCAAAGAGAAGCAGCGUUGCAGCUCCUGAGGGAAGGCUGUGUCGGGAUGUGUCAGGGCUGUGUCAGGAUGUGCUCAAACUGAUGCCGAGUGACGGUCAAGGAUGGUGAGAAAGGUGCUCUUCCAUUGGUUGGGGGUUGGGGCUCAGUGGCUUCAAGUUCUAUGAUUUUAUGGCUUGACGAGACUCAUGCAAGAAGGUCUGCUGCUCUAUAUAAAUAUUGGUCAUGGCAUCUGGGAGCAGAAGUGUUGACUUGUGAGUAACCAAGAUCCUCUUAACUGACUGCUAUAGACAGUGGGGUCAGUGGUGCAGUCAGCGGAAAUCCUCGUCCUGCAAAUCUAUUCGACUGCCUUUCAGGGACGUAUGAAAAUCUACCAUUUGGAAUUCAUUUCCUUGGAAUCUGAAGACAGCAGUUUUCAAGAAUAACACAUUGAAAGGAUAUGGUGCUUAAAAUUUAGAGCUUUUCACAUGUUUCCACUGUGCUCUGAAAGCAUGUCCCUAUAGGCAGGGCUGUAUUAUGACUUUUGGGGGCCCUAGGCACUCUGCCUCCAUAGACCCCUUUUUACUUUAAAUGCACGCGCGCACACACACACAUAUGCAUGCACAUACACAUUUAUGACUGUAUUAAUAUAAAUACAAAUAAAUUAAUAUUAUAUACUAAAAUACUUUUUCAACCCCAAAGUUCAUUUUCUUCUAAUUUAAAAAAAAAUUAAAAACACUUUUGGAACCCCUACAAGUAUGGUGGUUUCUAGGCAUAGUGCCUACUGUGCUGAAUGGGUAAGUCGGCCCUGACUGGAGGUCUGGGGAAACUGUCAAAGCAGUGCUGGUGUAAAACUGUUUUGUAGUUUUAUGUUUAUUAGAAAUAAUGCAAAUUUUGCAUUCUACUAUGUUAUAUACCCACAUUAGUUUAAAUAUAUAUACACACAUAUAUGUGUGUAUAUAAUAUAUAUAACACACACACACAUAUAUACAUGCAUAUAUAUUAUAUAUAUAUAUAUAUAUAUUUUUUUUUUUUUAAAGUUUCCCUAAAUCUCUUAGUGGAAUUGAUGUGUAAAGAGGCACUACAUUUUACACUGUGGCUCACACUCUGUAUCACUAAAAAUCCUGGCUCCCUAGCUGGACAAUCCUGGGAAUGAACCCUUUAUUACCAUGGAACGUUACCCCAAAUUGAAGACAGGACCCUAUAAAUGUUAAGACCUGGAACAUAUCCUUGGGAAGUUAAAGGAGCAGGGUCAGGCGUGUGUGUGUUUAGAUGGGAGAGGGGAAGGUGGAGGAUGUAACGUCGCAAUAUAUUUGUAAUAUAUUUGAUAUAUUACUUGGAUUUUAAACAUGGUAUGUGAUUAGUAUUUUACAAAUGGCUCCUAAAAAACACCCUGAUGUGAAAUGUUUGCCAAUUUCUAUGACGCAGAUUCAAGUUUCCAAGGUGAGGUCACUGAAGGCGGAGUGGGGAAGAAAUGCGAACCGCAGGCUCUCCUGAACCUGUGAGCUUUCAAAGAAGGUCUUAAAGCUAGCAUUUUUUUUUUUUUUUUUUUUUCAUUUACGUUGAUUCUAACCAAACCAACUUCACUGCAUCUUUGGUCCUUCUGGGUUUCACUCUAAUCAAAACUAACCAUGGUAAACGAAAUGUGGCUCAAUGGCUCUACCUGGGAGAUGGAAUCUUAUCCUUCUCCCCUUGAAUCUGGCCUUAGUGAACCAAUAGACUAUAGCAGAAGUGAAGCCAGAUUGUGGAAAUGUUGCCUCUUAUGCCUUGUCUCUGGUAAUGCUCAGCCUGGCCAAGCCAGCCAAGUGGAGAGGGAGACGCCAUUACAGCCAUUCAGACUUUGAGCCACCACUUCUGAGGCUGCAGACAUUGUAGGGCACUCUCUAAAUCUCUGACCCAGAAAAUCAUGAGCUUAAAUAAAUGUUUGUUGUUUUCAGCCACCAAAUUUUGGGGCACUAUGAAGCAAUAUGAGGGCCUACAUCAAACCUAAUACAUGAAAAUAAGAAUUUAUUAAGGGAGAGAAAGUAGAGGCAAACUGGAUUUAUACAAACUGGAUUAUACAUAGAUUUACACAAAGAUUCUCUUUAUACAUAAGCUUUUCCUUAGUAGUUUUCUCCUCUAGAUUCCAUUUAGCAGUAUGUCCUCUAUAGCACGCUUUGAUAGAUGCUGAAUACUUUUCUCUCCAACAUUGCUUCACUAAAGCCUGAGAUUAAUUUGUAAUUAUUUCUGGUUAAAUGUGUUUCGAGAGGAACAUACUUCUGUGGGUUAAAUUCUGUUUAAAAUAAACAUGUUACUGAGAGGAGUAACAUAUGAUUUGUCAUUAAUACCUAGAACAAAAUGGGAGCAGAGGGCACAGGGUAGGUUGGCCUUGAGUAAACUAGAAACAGAUUGUUUUUCUAGUCUUGCUCCUCAAACCGUUGUCUUCAGACCAUCAGCAUCAGCAUCACUAGGGAGUCUGUUAGCAAUGCAGAAUCAGACCCCAUCCCAGACCUGCUGAAUCCAGUCUUCCGUUUAACAGAACCUUAGGUGAUUCCUAUGCAACUUAGAUUUUAGAAGCACUAGAGAUAGUGGUCCUCAAACUUUCAGCUCACGCAAAAAUCAUCCAGAGGGCUUGUUAACAGAGACUGCUGAGACCAGAGUGUCUGAUUUGGUAGGUCUGGAGCGAAGCAAGAGAAUUUGCAUGUGUAACCGAGUUCAUAUUGUUGGUCCAGGGAUCAUUUCUUGAGAACUGCUUUAAAGCACAAAGCAGGCCAUACUGGGGAAAGCAGGCUAAAAGAGAAUCUUGGGCUCCACCCCAACGCUAGUGAAUUAGACACCUUUGUGGUGUUGUUAUCAACCUGUCUGGGAACAUGGGGUGCCUUUCCAUUUAUUUUCCAUUUAUUAAAGGCUACCUUUUGUCCUUUAGAAAUAUUUUAAAGAUUUCCUCACACAUUUUGUAAGUUUCCCAUAUUUGUAGGCUAUAGUUAAUGGCUUCUUUUUCCCAUGAUGUCUUCUCAGUUAUUGUUAUUCCAGUACAUGAAAAAAUUAUUUCUUUAUGCACAUCAAUUUUGUAUCAUUCUACUUUUCUUUUAUUAUUUUAUUCUUUGUAGAGCUUUUCAGAAUUAGAAAAUAACCAUUUUGCAACCCCUAGUGAUGUAAUGGAUCUACACAAUAAAUAAUGAAUUCUAAAGUACUAGGUGAAAGCAUAGUGGGAUGGGGACUGUGUCACAUGAGGCCACUUAUCUCCCUUAGCAUCCCUAAAAAUGGGAUGGUCCGAUAUUCUGUGUCCCCUUAUGCCGUGCAGUGCAAGAGUAAGUACACAGCGUCACCUGUCAAGUAUCGUUUCCUAGGAAAUUAAGUCUGAAUCUAAUCAGGUAUUAGACCAAAUUGUCACUUUAUAGGGAAUACAGGCAAAAAAUCUGCAAGUUAAUUAGCACCAUGAAGAAGUGACCAAGUAAAUCUAUGAUAUAGGACAUUCUAUUUGACACAUGACCCAGUUUUUCACAAACCAAUGGCAUAAAAAAAGGAGAAAAAAUGAGACACGAGAGACAUAACAACCAGAAGCAACACGUGGGCCUUGUGUAUAACCUGCUUCAUACAGCCAACUAUAACAGGGUAUCUUUGUGCUAUUUAGGGAAAUAUGAAUGGUAUUAAAUGGAUAUUAUAUGAUUUCAGGGAAUUAUUUAUAAUAAUAUUAUAAAUCAAAGACCUGUAUAUAAAAUAUAUACCUUGUUAUGUAUAAUUAUAGCAUGGUACUUUAUAUUUUUUUAAAAAGUCCUUACCAGUUAGAGACUCAUAUUGAAAUGUUUCUGUAUGAAUUAGCAUAAUGUUUAGAAUUUUCUUUAAAAUAUUUUGUCACAAAAAGGGGAGGUAGCUGAAGGAUGAAACAAGAUUGGCAAAAUAUUGAUACUUACUGAAGCUGGACAGCAGGUACAUUCUCUUUACCUUUGUGUAUGCUUGAAAAUUUCCAUAAUAGUUAUGUAAUGAAAUGAUUUAUACGCUCA